ACGGUGGAUCUGUUGCUUCAACACCAGCCACGACGAAAGAGUGACGCACUACGGACUACAAGGACGGGCGACCAACGUGGUCCCCGUCACUAGCGAAGCGCUCACUAAGAAAUAUGGUAACUUCGAGGAUGGAAUGGUGGCCAAGAUAUUUUGGGGAGAGGCGAGUCGCAUCAGCGAGCCGGAGAUCCUGAAAAAGGUUGAGGAGAUCGCUAAGAGGCACCCGACCGUCGAAGAGCAUAUUCCCCAGCUGCUCUGGCACCACAAGUUCACGAAUCCCACGUCCGCCAUUCGAGAAGCGCUUGGUGUUCCUGAACCCACUACGGGAGGUCGCGUGCUCUACAUUCUUGUGUUCCGCAAGCUCCACCCCAUCACGAAGCUCUACGGCAAGGAUCUUUUCGACCCUACAGGCCACCUCACUUUGUGGAAGGAAGGUGUUUAUCAUCGAGAUAUCAGCCCUGGAAACUUGAUGUGGUACAGGAAAGACGGUAGACUGAUCGGUGUCUUAAACGACUACGAUCUAUCCUCGUUGGCGAAUGCAUUGGGUCCUCAGGGAAAUGAGCGUACGGUCACGGUACCGUUCAUGGCGCUCGACCUUCUCACCAAAGAGGGUCAAGAAGGCAAAGUGAAACACCUAUAUCGCCACGAUCUAGAGUCGUUUAUGUGGGUUUUCGCCUGGAUUUUCUUGCGUUAUAGGCAGGGAGUCCUUCUAUC